AUGGAUAUUGCCUGAGAGAGACAAAUCACACCAAAGAAUGGCUGCUGCUGCUGCAACUCUGGCGACGCAACUGCGGUUGAACGUAGAAGCCGGAAAUUAUUCGAAUAGCAACAGCAAGGAGAAGAAUGGCGAUUUUACUCCCGAGCGAAUUGCACGGACUCCUAAAAACCAUUCUUUGCCUUACCUUUCUCUCGCUAAGCCAUCUUGGGUGGUCAAAACUGAGUCAAAUGUGCGGAAGGAAAUAAGGAAGAAACCUAAUCCGCCAUGCGUGGUUUGCAAGGGCAGUGGACGAGUCGAUUGUCACUAUUGUUCUGGAAAAGGCCGGACAAACCUUGUUCAUUUACCAAUGCUUCCUAAAGGGGAAUGGCCAAAAUGGUGUAGGACUUGCGGCGGUAGUGGCCUCAGCUACUGCUCCCGUUGCCUUGGCACGGGAGAGUAUAGGUAUAUAAUGGGAUUCCACUUCAUGAAGAUGGACUCCGAUGACACCCAAGCUUUACAGGAGCAUCAAAGUCGAUAUAUCAAGGGACAUCUUACCGCAGCUGAUCAACUUCUUAAUGGAGACCAAUUUGCAUAAAGACCAGCCAGUCUGAAGACAGAUGCUGCUUUCUGCUGGUGCUUGGAUGUACAACAGCAAACAGUAGUGCUGCGAGAUGGCACAUCAUCUUCAAUGAUUGUAGUAUCACAAUAAGGACACAUUUUUUCUGUUCAGUAUAGCUUUAUUUUCACUGUCCGAAACUUAAUUGUCAUGGAUUGCUGGGAUACCGAGUAUUCACACCCGAUCCAUUUCUUUACAGUACAUACUAAAGAUUCCAAUGUUAAAAUAUGUAGCAGCAACUCCUUUAAUUAAUAAUUACAAACAUGUUCUCUGCU